AUGCCUUCAAAAUCAAAACGUGGCGCGGGGAACCGCAGCAAGACAGCAAAAACAGGAGAAGCCCUUCUCGCGCAGUUGGAUGCCGAUCCGCGUAUGCCUGCUGACUACACUAUGUGUCAGGAGCUCUGCAUAUAUGAAGAGGACGACGAUGAUUUUGCUCGGAUUCUUUUUGAGUUCGCGCAGGACCCCUGCAAUGUGGAGCUCAUGCAACGCAACGAUACGGACAGUUUCUGGGAGCUUGCCAACCGUUUUCUUACAAACGAAACGAAACUCCUGUUCUGGCCCUCGUUCUUGAUUGAGACGCAACACAAAUUCUUCCACAACCUUCUCGAAGCCAAGUUCUAUCACAUCUUCAAAUUCCUGAGCGGACUCAAAGUUGCUGGACCUGAAAUCUAUUUCCAAGAGUUGAACGAGGACUAUGGCGGCCCACGCAACUUCGAAAAAUGCAAUAAAAUCAAGGACAGCAGAAUUCGAAGCAGCGAGCUUCUCGAGCACGUGCUCCAGACACACAUGGAAGAAGAUGAUUACGAAACGCUGCUGAAAGAAAAGAUGAAGGAGUACGAGGAAGCCGAGGAGGACUACGAGAAGUGGGAGAAGAGUGGCUACCAGAGAAAAAUCUGGAUCAAGGGUGGCAAUACUGGAGUCUUUGUUGAAGCCGAAGAUUACUGGGCUGGCGUCCACGACGACUUGCUUGGAAGCGAUGUUGAAGACUGUGUCUUCUAUAUGGUUGAUUCCAUGCUGGACCGAUUCUCCUUGUUCUGGAGCGCGCCAGAUUUGUACAUCAAGUGGCAUUUCAGGUUUAGCAGUCAAGACGUGCAUGUUCCAUAG